AAUUUUUAAAUAAAUAAAAUAUAUUUUUUAUAUAAAUAUUUUUUAUAAGAAAUCGAUUUGCAAUCUAUAAAUUAUAUUUUGUAUAAAAUUAUCCAUUUGUUUAAAAAAAAAAUUAGUCUUUAUCCAAAUUAUGCUCAAUUCUUAACUAUAAGAUUAAAUCUUUUAUUUUUUUUAAAAAAAAAUCCAUGAUGGAGAACCCGGAAAUAUAUUGUCCUUUCUUGGUUAACGAUGAAUCCCUAACGAAUACAGGAUUAUUUUGCAAUGCAACCUGGGAUAGUUUCUAUUGUUGGCCAACUACUCCAGCCGGAACCACUAUUUAUAAGCCAUGCCCAGUGUCGCAUUUUACUCACAAAGAUGCUAGAGCGUUCCGCGUUUGCGAAUUGGACGGACGGUGGGCACGAAAUGGUUGGACAAAUUAUUCUGCUUGUUUGGGUUGUUUAGAUCCCCAAUCUCCCUUUUAUGGUGCUUGCCAAACAACUAAAGAUGAUGAGCAGCAUCAACGUAUCACUAGAAUAAUACGUGAUAUCACAUUUUUUGGAAGUAUUAUCUCGUUGGCUUUCUUAUCCAUCGCCUUUGCCAUUUUUACCCAUUUCAGAACGUUAAGAUGCAUAAGAAUAUCGAUUCAUAAGCACCUAGUUUUAGCGUUCAUAUUUAGAUCCCUCAUGACUAUCGCGAUCGCGGAACCAGCGGUUAUGAAGCGGGUCAUCUCGUAUAGACAAAUUGAGUGGUUAUGUAAACUGAUUAUUAGUAUCAACAUAUACGGAACAUUAGCCAGCAUAGCUUGGAUGUUUAAUGAAGGGUUAUAUCUACAUAGCCGGAUUGUAACAUCCGUUUUUACCUCAGAUAAUAUUCCCUUUUGGAUAUUCCAUUGCAUUGGUUGGGUUUUACCUCUCUUUUUUAUGGCGCUAUGGGCGAUACUUAUAAACAAGUCCAAUCAUGGCCAUUGUUGGAAAAAUUACAGUUCUUCUCAGUUCAUCUGGAUCAUAGGAGUUCCUAUGAUAUUAGCGCUGACGAUAAAUUUGUUUUUCUUAGUCAACAUAAUACGAAUAUUAGUGUUAAAACUCAAGGCUUCCAAUUUAGUCGAAUCAACCAACAUGAAGAAGACCGUAAAAGCUACCAUCAUUUUGUUUCCUUUGUUGGGAAUAACGAAUUUGUUAUUCUUUUUUAACCCUAAAGAUCAAAAGAUACUCGAAAAUAUGUAUCUGUUAGUUAACGCGCUUUUGCAAAAUUCUCAAGGAAUAUUUGUGUCAGUGUUGUAUUGCUUCUUAAAUGGCGAGGUGAAAGGAGUAAUCUAUAAAAAAUACAAAAACUAUCGCCUAUCGCAGAUCCAUUCCAUAAAAUAUAAACGAAGCACAUCCAACCUUUAUUCCCAGAAUAAUAUGUUGCCUCAAAACGAGAGUUCACUGAUGAAUGCGGAGAAUCUGCAUGAACCUAUUCGUGGUACGGCUGUGACCGAGGGAAGUGAUCGUGCUAAGAAAAUUUCUAACACGCUAUCAGUAAAUGGUAAGUACCCUCCAACGAAUCAAUCACAAAUUUGGGUUCGCUCAUCCGUUUCCAACCGUGUGACGGGAAAGUUGCCAAACAUUUUGCGUAAUUUCAAAAACAAGACAAGGUUCAAGCGAGACCCCCUAAAUUUUAAGCUUGUCUUAGAUUCGCGGGACUCGAAUGCGCUGGCUAAAAAUUAUAGGUGCGUUCCUCAAAUCAAAAUUGACCAAUGUAAAAAUGAUAGUAGCGAUAUAAACGCCCGUCCUUUAAAAGACCACGACGAAAAUUACACCACGAGUAUGUCGAACGAAAAAAAGCCUUUUUUGGAACCCUUAGCUCCUGCCAAAAUAUACCUACGAAUUAAACCAAAAUCCAAAAAUUUAAAAAAAUUAUCAAAGUCCGAUCAAUUAUUGUAUACGGAUAAACCGUAAAUUGGUUUAUACAAUGUCCUAUUCCUACAAAUAAAUAAUGUGUAACAAAUAAAUGUAUAAAUUUUCGUACUAACUUUUAAAAACAAAACAAAAAAAUG